UCCAACGAGUCCGAGUCCCAGGAUGGACUCUCAACCACCAACACCUUCACCAAAUCACUAAUAAUAUUAUUCUCACCAACAUGGACAAACCAAAUCCCAGCCUCCCAGACGCCUCAUGGCCUCGAGCGGCAAAACUCAGGGCCCCAACCCAUCGGCUGCCGGAAUGAUCCCCCAGCGCAGGCAGUUACGGCUGAAAAACCUGGCACUCAAACGAUUCGGAACUUCGCUGUCGUUGAUACCUACACAUCGUUGCCAGUCAGUACACUGUACCUCACACGAGAGAGACAGAUAUCAGAAUCGAGGGGAAAGACAGAAAAGAAAAGGCGCGAAAGGGAAAGAAACAGAAACAGAAACAGUCACGUACACCACUGAUGUCCCAGACUGCCCAUAUACCUCCCACACUCCUUCUCCUAGAAAACUUGAUACGUGUCAAGCUGCGGGCAAAAUGGAAUCGGCAAUCGGCAGUCGGCACUCACCCGAUCGGGUAGACGAAAUACCACUGCUGGGCAGCAAUCUCGCCCCAGUGGAUGAUGCCCGAGACUUCUUCGCCGCACUGGAUAUACUUGUCCAGGGGUGUUGGCUGGCGGCGAACCAGGACGGGGUUGGUUUCGGCGAGAGAAGCGAGAGAAGUGAGCGAAGUGAGCGAAGUGUUGGUAGCUGUACCAUUCUUAGGCUCCAGGAUCAUUCCUUGAAUCCGGGGAAUGGGCGAGGAGAUGAGGAGCAAACCGAGCAGCAUGAACAGGCCUGUGACCAGGCCGCCCGUGCGCGCCAUCAUGCUCAUGCUCAUGCAGAUGGAGUGGAGUAGAGUUGUGGUUGAUGAGACGUUCCUUUGCAGAGACGGAAAGUUGAUGCAGCGUAAAGGCGUUGAUGAUGGUGAAGGGUUAGCAAGGUGGUGAGAGAAGAAGAGAGGGCGAGGUUAACGAAGCAGGUGGUAAGAAGGUAAAGCAGUACCUUAGAUGUUCAAGAAACGUUACAGAAUUG